AUGGAGCUGUUUGAAGUAAGUGAUACUUUAGAAUAUUCUGUCAUUCUAAUGAACACCUCGCUAUCCCAGACCGAGACCUUAGAACAUGUUAAUGAAUCUCUUUCGUUAGAGGAUAUAAAUAACAUUUCAAACUCUUCCCAUCUGACCACACAGAUCAGUUUGUCAACGGCAGACAUGACAAAAAUGGUUUUUUACUUAUUAAUAUUCAUCUUAGCCGUACUUGGCAAUGCGUUAGUCAUCGUGACUCUAGCCCAGAACAAAAUGAUGAGAACAGUGACUAAUGUCUUCUUGAUGAACCUGGCUAUCAGUGAUCUACUUCUUGGUGUUUUCUGUAUGCCUUUCACGUUAGUGGGCAGUUUGCUGAGAAACUUCAUUUUUGGUGACGUCAUGUGUCGUCUUAUUCCAUACCUUCAAGCAGUAACAGUUUCCGUCAGUGUGUGGACGUUGGUAUCCAUUUCACUCGAAAGGUUCUUCGCCAUCUGUCGGCCAUUUCGAUCUCGCCAGUGGCAAACUAUUUCUCAUUCUUACAAAGUCAUCAUGUGCAUAUGGAUGAUAUCCUUGCUGACAAUGCUGCCUAUUGCACUUUUAAGCCGUCUUUUUCCCACCAGGACACCAGGCAAGUGCAAGAAAAAAUAUAAGUGUCGAGAAAAAUGGCCCAAUAUGACGUCAGAAAGAGCCUUCAACCUUUACCUAGACGCUUUUCUGCUGGUUGUUCCACUUGUUGCCAUGAGUCUGACUUACACCUGUAUAAUUAAUACCUUGUACCGUGGAGUCAAGUUCGGGGAAUUAAAUCCUGGUGAGUUACGAUCACGAUAUGCUUCACAGUAA